AUGAUCUCCCUCAUCGCUCGGCAUUUUAGAGCGGUUCUGAAAUUAUGGCUAUCAGCAAUAGCACUACAACUGUUUUAUUUCCAGUAUUUCAGAAACAAUGGAGGAAAUUCAUUUUCCUUCGAAGACGCGCUGAAAACUUCGCAUCAAGUCGAAAGUUUUCAAGAAAGCUGGUGUAGAAUUCACCAAGCGCGAGUUCAUUUGGACUCAAUCCUUAGACCAUGUUUCCACAAUAUUUCAUGGAAUGGGCCGUCACCUAAUCGCGAACUUCAGACGGAUGCCAGCAAGAGUUUGAUUUCGAUUUUUGACAUCAGGCCUACGGGUCAGUUCAGUCGUUUCAGCAUUCAAACAAAGACUCGGAAUGGCAAGUUGAAGCACAUUGGCGGCGACUCGUGGCGCGUGUUGCUUCUCGGUCCGGCCACUGUGUCACCUACAAUGUUUGAUCACGGAAAUGGAACGUACGAGUUCUUGUUUCUUGUUAUGGACCCAGGGGUCUAUAAGUUGGAUAUCACUCUGGACUAUAGCUUAUGUGAUGGAUAUCGAGAACCCCCGAAAAAUUGGUUUAUAGUUGGUACGAAUAACUAUUUAUUUUUAGAAAUGAAAGAUGGUAGAUUUUGCGUUUGUUUAAGGCAUAAUGAAAGAUAUUAUUCUUCUUGUGACAAGAAUGGGGCGAUGAAAAAGUUAGUUCCCUUGAUGAAUCGCACCUAAGACCUUUGAGUACGCGAUCCGAAUGCUCCGCUGCUCUCUUUUGCCUAAUGGUUGAGCAUCAGAUCGCAGAAUCCAAAGGUCCAAGAUUGAAUUUGUCGUGCGGUGACCCAAAUGUUUUCUUGAAACUACGCUCGCGACAAAUCGAAUCUGACUGUUGUGUUUAGUAACCGCAGUUGUUUUUCAUCCUACCCGCUUCUUUCAUUAAAUGGAAGUUCCAAAGGAGAGAAUCCUUAUUUUAAAAGUAUUGUUUUUCCUCAGGGAAUUCGCAUGGUAAAUUACAGAAAGAAGGCAUGCUUGGAAAGAACCGAGCCAGAGAUGAUUACCUUCUUCAACGCUUUCAAGAUGGAAAGCUUAUUAUGAUCAACAUUCCGUUACCUACAGCUGGAGGUAGGAUAGGAUCUAAUAACUUCUUAGUUAUUUCAAGGAAAAGAUGAAAAUAAGCAUUGGGUAAUUCUCGCUUCCAAGGCGAAGGUGCUACGACAAUCUAGAAAUAAGCCAUCAAGUAAUAUGCAGGUUAAAAGUCAUGGAACAUUUGACGGGAUAUAUAGUACUAAUGUCGAACUAUCCCCCCUCCCACCUCUCCCCCAAACAAUGCUGAAUUAUGUGCGCUUCGUUAAGGCACCGUGGCAAUUGCUCACUUUUACCAACAUUGUUAGAGGGGGGAGGGGAGGUUCUGUGUGCUCGCCUGAAUUGGCAAAAAGUGGUCAUUUUAAAUAUAUCUGGGUAUAGGUAUGUCCUAAGGAGUUUUUACUCCCACUGUAGACAUUUAGAGAGGAUUUUUCUCGUUCUCAAGGAAAACACCCAAUAAAAAUACCAGGUACAUGUAACAUCAUUCCAGAUGCUAGUCACUCCUAGGUCUCGAAGGGUUAAUAAAACUGGUUUUGUUUCUUCACACAAGUCUUUCAAAUGUGCUUGUAAUGUGAUGAGUUCCAGAAAAGUCCCAGAUGCAACAUCCUAGAUUAUAGCCUGGCUAUUACUUUCCACUUAUGGCCGCUACAUCCAAACAUAGUUAAUAUCCAACUUUGUGAGAAAAUGCGAAAAUACAUCUUAUGAUGUCUGUAAAUUGUUUUCAUAGGAACCUAUUUAAUAAACAGACUAAACAGGCAAUUAAAAAUGAAUUCACAGAGGGUACGUUUCCUCCCAGACUUUGACUUGACCUGUGGAGUGAAGUGCAACUUCAUGUGGGAUGGGUUUGGGAGGUGGCUUGGAAAAAAUUGGAGACCUUACCUCACAGGUACGUAACAAGUGUAAAUUCUUCAAGAGUCCACGUCCGCACGUCAAUUUUUGUCCUUUAUGAGUAGUGAAGUGACUUGGCAGUUGGUUGAUAGAGACCUUGAACGGCGAAGGCAACGAGGAAGUGGCAAAACAGAAGAUAUAUUGGACAGAACUUUAACUCAGUAUGUGCGUUUGAAGGCUUUGAACAUUUCUUGAGAGUCCUCUGCAAAACAAUACCAUGAAAUCACCAAAAUCAGCGCGCACGUCUAAGAACAAAACCCAAUCAGUGUUUCCGAGAACUCAACGCUACUCACACGUUUUGCUGAAUUUGAGUUAUGGCGCUGUAAGUGGAAGUGAACGCAAAAUUUUAACUUUAUUGAGGUCUUCCUCGGCUUUGCCGUCCUGAUCGUUUGAGGUCCCUAAUGAUGAGAACAGGCUCGACUGGCCUUAACUAAUUCAGAAAAUUACACAGCUGCAAAAUUAUCGAUUAUUGCGAUAUAUACAGAUAAGAGUGAAUAAAAUAAAUAAAUAUAAAUAUAUCGGCGCGCGCAAAUAUGGUAUGUCUCUUCGAGUCUUCAACUCGAUAGCUAACGGGUGAGCGCAGCGCAUGCGUAACACGUGGUUUUGGUUUGUUAUUGGCUCGUCCCUAAUCUAAAACCUUUUGUCCCGUAUUGCCCCUAAAAUGGAAAGCCAAAGCUUAAAAUUUCCAUUUGAUCCAGAAACAGUGAGCUUAUCACGGCCAAAUCCCUUUCAUUUAUAUGAUUGAUGCUAUCCAUCCAAAUGUGUAUUUUUCUCUUAUCCAGAUAUUUCUAACCACUCCCGAUUCAAAAGUACGUCUCCUCGUAAACUAGGGACAUUGUGGCUUUUCGGUGAUUCAAAUGCUGAGAGAUUAUACGUAUCAUUGAAGGAUGGGCCGCUGUGCAAUGAAGUUUUCAAAAUUUGUAAUUUAAGUAAAAUGUGGGUGUACCCGUGGCCGAGCAUACAGCCAGUAGCCUGGGACGACAAGGAUUUUGAACCCCAGCAAAUCUUAGAUCACAUCCGAGAAGUCCUGGAACGACCUGAGAUGAAUGAAAACAGCGCAAUGAUUCUGAAUUUGGGUCUGCAUUACAUGGAAAGCACAAGCUUAGCCAACUAUCGGAUUCUGCUAAAAGGAGUGAUAGAUCUUUUAAACGAAAGGAUUAAGGGAAAUGGUGAAUUAAGGUACAAGACUCGCGUUAUUUGGAAAACCACAACUUCUAUGAAUAAAGAGAAAGACAUUGAAAGUCGACUAAAGAGUGACUGGCAGCGAUUUCUGAACCCUACGGUAGGCAAAUACUUAAUUUAAUAUUUUUUUACUUUUUCAUCAUCCAUUCCCAGGCUUUCUAGCGUGUCCAAGUACUUUGAGAUUUUCGUACUGUCUUUGAAAAUAAUGGUGGGUUUAACAGACUGUUUUUUGCGAAGCACAAACUACAAAAAAAUAUUUUUGCAAUCUUGACCUUGUUAGGAAGGCUUUUGAUAUACAAAGAGGGGAGGUUACUUAGCUCACCAAAAUCUCUUUUUCUUUUCAGAGAGUGAUACUAUACAAUACCUUUGCUACUUCCCUUAUGUGCCAGGCUAACCUCGAGGUCCUCGAUGUUUACCCAUUUACAAGGUCCUACCCAGAAGGGACCGGAGGACCCGAGGUUGCACAUUACAAGGAACACGAUACCGUUCAUUUUAAGUACAUUGCUAUGAAGCCAAUUGAUAUCUUUUUGGAAGAUUACUUUCGAGGCAAAGUACCGCGUUCGAUAAAUUUAACGAAUUACGAAUUUUCUUGA